GGAAAGUAUACCUGUGGGUUGUUCAAGAUUACUACAGAUUCAGAUUAUUCACUAAAUGAAUGAUGCUCCAAAUAUAAUGGGUAAAAAUGUAACUGCAAGGGGACACAGUUGAAAAAUCUCACUUUACCACCUUGUCUAAAUCCUUGGUGAGCAAGAAACGUCAUCGAUUUUGUGACGUUUGAAGCCUUUCAGGCAGCAACCGAUCAAGGAAAAAAAGCCAACAGGCAGCAAUGAGUGAUGGUGGAACACGAAAGUAGUCGAGGCAUUUGUGGAAACAGGAAGCAACGAGGGAAAAGCAAAGGAUUAAGUCAGGCCGUUCGGGCGUCAGAAAGACACACCUUGUUGAAUGUUUUUAUACCAUGAACUAUAAUCGCAAACGCCUUUUACAUUAUGGAGGACUUUUGGCGCUCUCCACUGAACUCGGAAGCAAGUCUACAUUGAGCGAUGAGUCGUUCGAAUUGACGCACAAAUGAGAGACGGUGGGGGUUUCAUAAGGGGCAGCGACGCAAUCUUGGCGAUUAUGUUAGCUUGCUAGCAACAUGAUCUGUUGUCAUUUGUUUAAAAAAAAAAAUAACAUACGUAAUUUUGAAAGUUUUGAUUAUCUAGCUAAAAGGAGCGAAUCAAUGUUUUGUGAAUUUAAUUCUCAUAUUUGCUAUAAUUAAAUCAACAUGACUUUCCCUCAAACAAACAUUCCUACCCGUUAGCUUCUAGAUAGCUAGCUCACCACUGUCAAUAACCAGCUUCUGUAGCAUGGAGGGAGAGAUGCAAGUGUUACCAUCGGAUCACUGUUGCAUAAUAACAAAUCGGUGUUGUAUCUGUAAAUCGCAUCCAUCUCUACCGUGUCGCAAAUCGACUUUUGACACCUUCGUUCAUUGCGCUGACAUAAUGGACGUAAUUUGAUUGAGGGAUAAAAUAAAAAGGAAUUUCAAGACGAGAUGGAGUCUAACCCCUUAAUAAGUGCCAUGGACCCAUCCAUCACGUUGUGGCAGUUCCUGCUGCAUCUCCUCGAGGACGACAGCCAUAGGCACCUCAUCUCCUGGACCUCUGGGGACGGGGAGUUCAAGCUGCUGGACGCAGAGGAGGUUGCACGCCUCUGGGGGCUCCGCAAGAACAAGACCAACAUGAACUACGAUAAACUAAGCAGGGCGCUGCGAUACUACUAUGAUAAGAAUAUCAUCAAGAAGGUGAGUGGGCAGAAGUUUGUCUACAAGUUUGUAGCCCACCCUGACCCUUCGUCAGUGGACUGUGUCAGAGGCGGUGAGGAUUCUCAGCAACAGGAGAAUCUUGAUGCAGCGGGCCAGACCAAGUCCCCAGGAGGGGGCUCUUCUAACUGCCCCUCCAAGAACCUGCAGAUGCAGCGGUCCUCUCCAGUCUCUGUCCAGCGCAGCUCUCGCAACGACUACAUGAAGUCAGGGCUCUACUCCACCUUCACCAUCCAGUCCCUCCAAGCCCCCUGCAGGACCUCUCCACAGCCUAUAAAGACUGAGCUGCUGAAUCAGGACUCUUCCCCCAGACCCCACAGCGCUGAUCGGACACUGCGGGAGGUGAGGGCCCAUGACGAGGACCUCUCCAAUUUAACCAUGGUGUGUCUGGAUGGCCAGAGCUCCUCCAUGCAGGGCUGUGGCAGCAUAGAGAGUGGCCUGCAGGUCACACUGACUCAUCCCUCGCCCUGCGUCACGCCUGCCCUCAGCCCCCAGACCUUGUCAGUGUCAACCACAGGCAGCUCGAAGUCUCAGCCACAGAAGACCCAGAACCUAUGUGACCCUCCUCAGAUCUAUCUGACCAGUGUGUCGGACCCUGGCUCCCUCACUCCUCUGACCCUGACCCCUGUUGCUGCACCUGGGGCCCCGGGGGAGUGUGUGGUGAACCAGCCUCAGGGCCACCCUGUCUUUGUGGUCAUCAAGCCCUCACAUUUGGUGCAUUCCAAAGAGCAAAACCUCACGUCUGAAGAGGAACUGGUGAAGAUCAUGACCUUGGGGGAGAAACAUGUUGUAGAGGUUCCUGAAUCUGCAUCAGGACCAAGGGAACCUGAAACCCCCCUCUCCAUUGAUGUCCUCCCACCCUGCGUGGAACCAGUGGGCCAGCCUGUUGGGGAAGGGGAGGAACAAGGCAAAGAUGAGGCCCAUUUACCAGAAAAUUCCAUGACUCCAGCAGUUGCUCUUCAAGCGGCUACUCAUCCAGCCUGGUCGCCCCAUGAAGUACAACCCCCAAAAGCCAAGAAGCCCAAAGUCCUAGAACUGCCCUCUUCCUCAACCCUCCUACCCCCUGGUCUGUCACUGGAUCAGGUCAAUGCUGCCGUCAACAGCCUUCUGGCCCCUGGAAGUGCCACCAACACUCUGACUCCUACAGUGUUCACCUCCCAUUCUCUGACUCCGGUAUUACUGACACCAAGUCCUCUCCCCUCCACCAUCCACUUCUGGAGCACACUCAGUCCCAUUGCUCCCCGGAGCCCGGCCAAGCUCUCCUUUCAGUUCCCCUCCAAUGGAAGCAAUCAUAUCCAUAUCCCUGCCUUGAGUGUGGACGGCCUGUCUACCCCUGUAGUGCUGUCGCCAGGCCCACAGAAACCAUGAGGAGAGUCCUGGAGUCCUUCCACAGUCCUGUGGACAUUGAUUCCCCAGUUCAGCCUAUGGGACAGAAGGUACACUCCAUGACCAAAUCAAGUACUCCAAGCCAGAGUGCACUCAUGAGUGGAGAUCUGGUGUCCGGAGUGCUGUUGAAUGAAUGAUUUUUUUAGCAGUUGGAAUCUGCAUUCAAAGAACCUCAUGACGGGCUAGCCCAGAGGUUCUGGAUCAAGGCCAAGAGGUGGUGUUGGCAACUUUGAAACUUAGAGGGGCUACUUUUUUUUUUUUCCUUUUUUGUUGCCAGAUAAGGAAUUUUUGGUGCGUCUCUCUUUCUUUGUCGAUUCAUAUUUUUGCCUCAAAUUUAAAUUGAUAUUAUAUAUAUAUUUAAAUAUAUUUUCCUGUUUUAUAAUUUCCCCCAUGACAGGGCACUUGACUUUAUAGAUUCAACUUUGUCCAUGAAAGCAUUAUGGUAGUGCUUGCCCAUUGCUUUACAUGUGAUUGGUUUCUUAUUCUCUAGUACUUUUCAAAUGACCAGUUACAUGAAGAAGAGAUGAGUACCUGUAGUGGUACCAUACCGAGUGUUUUACUUGGAAGGCAUGUUGAUGCUUGAUGCUGUUUUUUUUUUUUUUUUUAAGAAGCCAAGUCAUGUGAACAUUUUAUAAUCAUGGUGAAGAAAUGGCGCUUACCAUUGAUAAUCUCAUGGCUGGAUUGGAACUUUUAUUCUGGAAACGUCUAUCUUUUUAAAUUUUUAACAUGAAAACCAGAGAACUAGUGGAUGUGUUUUAACGAUUCAGAUGAAUACAUUCAAAUGUACUGUUUAUUUUGAUGGAGAAUCAGGUGUGAUCACGUUCUAUUGUUAUGUGAAUUUGAUAGUCGGUCAUGUUCACUGUCCAUUCCAGGUUUUCUUUUAGGUUUAAUUACUAGUUAAUUAUUUUGAUGCCAAGAUGGAACAUUGGUUCUGGAGUAUCAUGUGAAACUUCACCAAAGACCAGCUGCAUUGAUUAAAUCCUAUGUAAUUUUAGAGAUGCAGUGGUAGCCUUCAUUCAUGCAAGGGCUAUAACACCUUAUAAUGCUACCAAAAUCACACACAGAAUACCCAGUUUACUUUCAAAAUGGAUUUAGAAAAGACUAGGUUUGCUAGCAUAAUGGUAUAUAAUCAUUAUGCGACAUGGUUAAGGACCAAGUAUAACUUACAAUAGAUCAGGUUAUCAUUGAAAAUAAAAUGGUUAAGCUUUUGAUCAGCUUUGAUUUAAUUGAGUUUUUACUGAAAAUAGCUUGGUUGAUUUAUAGAGAUAUUUGUCCACUGGCCAUUUUUACAUUAGCAAACAAUUGGAAAUGUUGACACAAUUAUUUUUAAUUUAUUCAGACAAUGCUUAUAGCAAAAAGCUUAAAAAGCUUUGUUGGUUGAUUAGCAAUUGGUGUCCAACAAUUAUUUUUGUACAUUAAAAGAGUACAUAUGUUACUCUUAAAGAGUGCAUUUUAUAAAGUUCUGACUCAUGACAUUGUUAGCUCAGCUUGCUCCUAGUUAAAGGAGAUGCAUUAGUAUCCUUAACAACAGUCCAGCUUCACACCAAAUAGCCUUUCCAAAUAUACUUACUGUACCAUCUAAUGAAGUAGUGUUAGCCUUCUAGAGUCAGUGGACUACAGUAACUUGGUAUUGGCAGGGCUCUUUUGGUCUGUUACUGUACUGGAGUCUAUAAUGUAUAUCUGAAUUCAUUAAUAAUAUCUGAAUUCAUUUAAUUAUCUUUUGUAGUUUGAGAGCUUGUAAUUAUUGUCUAAUCGGGGGCUUAUUCAGGACAAAUGAGGCUUUUUUUUUUUUAUGUAUUUUUUAGUGUUAUGUCUACGGACAAUAUCUGAAAUUGUAUUUAAUGAGGUGAUUCAAUCAAAACACACAUAGUUGCAUUUGGUAUUUCAUUUGUAAUGUUAGAUUGGGAUAUUUUAAAUCAUAAUUGUAAUGUGUAUCUAAAAAAAAUAAAAAAUAAAUAAAAAAAUAGGAGUGCCUGAAGAAUAAGGAAUUGAACCCAACUGUUAACCAGUUAGUGUUUUGGUUGAACCCUCUCCCCAGAAUGUAAUGUGUGUCUCUUCAAUCACUGCUCUGUGACUGUUUGUUUCUCUGUGAGCCUGUCUAACCUCUGGUUUUAGUUACAGGUGCCCAGCAGAUCCGAGGAAAUAGGCUUCAUUCGAUUACUAAGCAACCUUUAGAAAUGUCACAUCUGCCCACUCAAAAGCACUUAAACAUAAUCCUAGUGGAUGUUUGGCUAUUCUAAGUACCUGCUUCACUCUCUUACCCUACUUCUAGUCAAGUAAAGACUGUUGGCCAGUGAUUUCAUGCAUAGCACUUUACCUUGAACUUAACAUCACAAUGUCAAAACCCUCUUUGAGGGACUGACUUUUUUCUACUUCAUUCCUAGUCACAAUUGGCAAAACAAUUAACUAGUAUUGGAACGGUGUGUGCCACUCUCGUCAAAUCAGUUACCCUUCACUGUUUGGCAUUCAUACACGUGAUCAGUCAUUCAUACACGUGAUCAGUCAUUCAUACACGUGAUCAGUCAUUCAUACACGUGAUCAGUCAUUCAUACACGUGAUCAGUCAUUCAUACACGUCAUCAGUCAUUCAUACACGUGAUCAGUCAUUCAUACACGUGAUCAGUCAUUCAUACACGUGAUCAGUCAUUCAUACACGUGAUCAGUCAUUCAUACACGUGAUCAGUCAUUCAUACACGUGAUCAGUCAUUCAUACACGUGAUCAGUCAUUCAUACACGUCAUCAGUCAUUCAUACACGUGAUCAGUCAUUCAUACACGUGAUCAGUCAUUCAUACACGUGAUCAGUCAUUCAUACACGUGAUCAGUCAUUCAUACACGUGAUCAGUCAUUCAUACACGUGAUCAGUCAUUCAUACACGUGAUCAGUCAUUCAUACACGUUCAUACACGUGAUCAGUCAUUCAUACACGUGAUCAGUCAUUCAUACACGUGAUCAGUCAUUCAUACACGUGAUCAGUCAUUCAUACACGUGAUCAGUCAUUCAUACACGUGAUCAGUCAUUCAUACACGUCAUCAGUCAUUCAUACACGUGAUCAGUCAUUCAUACACGUGAUCAGUCAUUCAUACACGUGAUCAGUCAUUCAUACACGUGAUCAGUCAUUCAUACACGUGAUCAGUCAUUCAUACACGUGAUCAGUCAUUCAUACACGUGAUCAGUCAUUCAUACACGUCAUCAGUCAUUCAUACACGUGAUCAGUCAUUCAUACACGUGAUCAGUCAUUCAUACACGUGAUCAGUCAUUCAUACACGUGAUCAGUCAUUCAUACACGUGAUCAGUCAUUCAUACACGUGAUCAGUCACUAACGCCGAUGUCAUGGUGGUACACUUACCACAAGAAUAUGCCUUGUUAUUAUUCAUCAUGACAUGGGUCUAAAAGUCAUUUCUAACGCUGAUCACACUAUUGCAACUGAACGGUGAGAAACAACAGUUCUAAAUAUACAUGCAAUCUAUUCUAUGACAAUGCGCUUAGCAAUGCCUUGUUGGCUAGACUGUCUUUUUGUGCAGAGUGUAUUAAACAACCAAAUUGUAAACAUCAUGGAAACAAGAAGAUUAUAAAUGCCUCUGUAUAUUUUAACAUCCUACGCCCCAGUCUGUAGCUUUAUGCAUCUCAGGCUGUGUUCUGUUCAUGAUAUUGCUGUCUUUUAACAGUCGUGUGCGAAUAUUAUUCGAUUGUAUUACCUGGGACUUAAAAUGUACUUACCCCUUCUAAUUCAAAAACUAUAGUUUUGAUAGUUUGUGUGUAAUAUUAUGUGUCCGUGGUGUAACUCCAGUACCUUGUUGAUACUUCUGCCUGUGUAUUGCUACAGUACUGGUGAUACAUCCUGCUCUAGCCUAGCAUGUUUGUGUUGUGUAGGCAAUUGAAUGAAAUGUGUUUACUAUUGACCAGUCACUUUUAUGACAUGAAUGUUGAUGGAUUGCUCAAAUACCUGGCCUAUUUCUCAGUUUGACAGCUGGGGGAUUUCCCCAGACCCGUGGGCUGACAGUUUAAAUCAGACGGAGCAACAGUGAUGGGAUAGUGAUGUCAUAGGUUAGUGAGGGAUAAAUGGCAGCAUUUUACAGAAGAGAGAGACUGCUACUGUUUACUCAGUGUUGGGGCAAAAGCCCUUUUGAUUAAAAAAAAGUUGUCAGUUUUGGUCACAAAUGAAAACUAUUCUUGGAAAUACAAGCCUAAAUGAUAUACCUAAGAAUACAGUAUGUUUGUCUGCAUAUGAAUAAUUGUCUAUACAGAAAUGUAUUGCUUUUGUAAAUGUGUUAUUGCAGUUUUAUCACGUAGAUACAGCGCUCUGCUACGUCUUCUAUGAUAAGAGGAUCUGACUGUUGUGUGCUAGAGUUUAUUCUACUGCAUAUAUGGACAUAAGCCUUGUAAUGUGCUGUAAAUAUGUUCUUAAGGCAUCCAUGUUUAAGCUCUUUUCAGAUAUGGAUAACAUGAAAAUACUCACUUGAUCCUUUCUUCAUCCCAAUUUUCAGAUGGCACAUGACCCACUGGGCACAGACGUCAGUUCAAAGUCUAGUUUCGAUUUACAUUUGGUUGAUUUGUCAACUAAUGUGAAUUCAACAACAAAUCACCAUGUCAUUGGAUGUUGGUUAAAAGUUGGUUAAAAUAAAAAUUAAAUGCCCUUUGACCUUUUGCAAAUCCAAUCAGUAUUUCACGUUUCGACGUCCUCACAAUGACGUGGAAACAAUGUUGAUUCAACAGUUUUUGCCCAGUGAGGAGGAGGUCGUUCAUCAUGUGCUUGUCUAUAACAUACUUGGCCCUCUUUGUCCCAGUUCCAUAGUCUACACAUUUUAGCAUUUUGCUGUCUCAACUCUCCUGAAAACUGUUCAGAAAUCAGUUAUUAAUGCGAAGCAAGUUUAGCUGAACUAAUAAACUAUGAUAUCCAUCAAAUGUAAAAUGGAUAUAAACGCACCAGGCCAUUCUGAACCCUCUUCAGACUGUUAAUAAUAUACAGCAUGUAUGAAUUUGAUCAUUCUUUUUGGACUACAAUGCAAAUGAAUUAGCCAAAGCCUUAAAGUUAAGUUUUCAGACAAAUGGAGAUGAGGAACAUUUGGGUGUUAGGUAUCCAUUUAUGCAAGUGAGGGAUUUUUUGAAACGGGUGAGAUGGAUAUUGUGAAGAAAAGCCAUUUAUUGGAACAUAUUUUCACCUACCAGAAGUGGGGAAAUUAUGAGCAUCUUGAGUUGCUUAGAAGUUCGAUAAACUUCAGUAUUUGAGUUCACCACUUCUUUCACCAGCAAAAGAUGUAUUGAUUGUCUUUUUUCAAAGGAGGGAUAUUUUACUCUGCUCAUGAGUGCUAUAGUCUGAAUGCCACACAGACAGACCCACAUUGUCUAUCAUCUCAUUGUAACUUAAAUGCUACAUACAGUAUAUUUGUGUUUUUAGGUUGUAUGAAAAAUGCAGUUGUGUUUUCAAACGUUCUGUGGCUCUCAACUCUGACCAGGGAUUUGAGCUGCAUUUUGUUGUCUCUUUUUGAACGUUUCUGAAACAUUAUGGGAUCUACAACCUUGACAUGUACUAUUGUGUGAUAGCUUUGUCAUUUGUGUACAGUUUUUUAUUCAAGAAUGUUUAGGGAAACCUAAAAUACUGUAUAUAUGUUUGUGAAAAUUGUCGUAUCUCUUGCUGAAAUAAGUACCCAUGUCUUUGAGGUAUUGGCUCUUGUUUGUUUCUGUCGCGUUUGGUUUCAGAUGCGUGUAGCCUUUUCCCUUCCCCAUGGGAGUGAUUGUCUCUGGGGGUUUAUUUACAGAGGGGAGGGUUUGCUUUUAUUUUUUUGGAAAUAUCCAAAUAUAUUAUAUUUACUGGAAGAAAGAGAGACAAACUAUUUUUUAUCUACACACUUGAAUUUGUUUGUGUAAAUGUUCUAGAUAUUAUUCUUGUUUUCUAAAAACAGAUCGCGAACUAAUAUUAGGAGUUUAAUAAAAUCCUAUUUUGUUCUGUACAAGG